AUGCCUGCAAGGCCUCCAUUCGACAGCCUCCCCUUUCGCAAGGGGGAUCCGCCCUUUUCAGCAUGGGGAUUAUACGGAGAAAGCGAACAACUGGGUGCAUUGAACCUCCUCACUGCAGAAAAUACCCGUGCAGCAGCACAGAGCGAGAUAAAGACAGGUGUACGAGUCUCUCUCGAUCCUCCAGUAAACUCGCUCUUACAGCCCACCCACGGCCGUCAAGGACUGAAGCAUACCAUUUUUCGACGAGGAGAAGGCCGACCGGUCCAUGAUGACGUGCUAGAAUUUAAUACUCAAAUCGGAGCGCAAUGGGAUGGCUUCAGGCACAUGGCCUAUCUCAAGCUUAGGCUAUUCUACAACAACACCCCCGUAGACACUAUUUCCGGUCAUAAUCCGGAUCCGACAGUCCUUGGCACCGAUGCUUGGGUCAGGAACGGGUCUAUUGUAGGCCGAGGCGUCCUUCUCGACUUUCACUCGUAUGCUCUAUCGAAAGGCAUCAACUACGAGCGACUUGGCCAGAAGGCAGACUACGCAAUCUCGGUUGAAGAACUCAAAGAUUGUGCUGCCGCCCAGGGUGUUGAGAUUCGCUCGGGAGACAUAUUAUUCGUCCGGUCGGGCUUCUGGGCCGCGUAUCGUGCUCUCAACGACCAACAGAAAAAGGAAUGGAGUGAAGAAAACCCGACCGUCUGGGUCGGCGUAGAGACCACGCGCAAAAUGGCCCAGUUCCUCUGGGACUCGGGGAUUUCGGCCUGUGCUGGAGACGCUCCUGGCUGGGAACGGAUCCCUAACUAUAAUUCCCCCCCAGAAGCAGGCCUAGAAGGUCUCUCGCUCCACGAGAUCAUGCUAGGUGGUUGGGGCAUGCCGAUAGGGGAAAUGUUCGAUCUUGAAGCGCUGAGUGAGCAGUGCAAACGACAAAAGCGAUGGAGCUUCUUCUUUACCAGUGCUCCUCUGCACGUUGAGGGCGGGGUUGGGAGUCCGCCAAAUACUAUUGCUAUCUUCUGA